GUGGCGCUGAUAGACCCACCUCUCGGUGGUCUGAAGCAUUUCCGGGGUGCUGUUUUCUUCUUCCGGCACAAUAAACAUGGCGCCCCCCGUCCCGUUGCUGGCAGUGCGAGGAUCCGAUGGCACGUCUCUGCUCCGAGGCCCCCCCCACUGUGAGCCACAUGCAGCUUUCCAGAGGGACUGCCGGCCCAGCAGAUGUGUGACCUUCAGCACAGACGGGACACUCUUUGGUUGGUGUAACGGACAAAAUGUCUCCAUCGUGAACCCCUCAGAUGGCGCUGUGGUGUCGACCUUUGACCUCCCGAAGACAGCCCUGCUGGAAUUUUCUCCACUCAACAACAUCCUGGUUACCUGGCAACUGUACACGAAGACUCAGGACAGUCCUCAGGGGGAAGCCAACCUCCAGCUGUGGGAGCUGCGCAGCGGACGACUCAUCAAAGCCCUCUAUCAGAAGAAGGUCGAGUCGUGGUGUCCCAGCUGGUCUGAAGACGAGAAGAUCUGCGUGAGGAUCGUCAACAACGAGCUGCACUUCUAUGAGGACAACGACUUUGACUCCAUCGCCAACAAGCUCCACAUGCAGAAGGUGUCCGACUUUGCGCUGUCGCCUGGAGGUCAGCCCAGCAAGGUCGCCGUCUACGUUCCGGGCAGCAAAGGAGCUCCUUCGUUCGUCCGCCUGUAUCAGUACCCGGCGUUUGGAGGGCCGACUGCUGCACUCGCCAACAAGAGCUUCUUCAAGGCUGACCGAGUGAUGAUGCAGUGGAACAAGAAAGCCUCGGCCGUGCUGGUGACGGCAAGUACUGAAGUGGAUAAAACUGGCGCGUCGUACUAUGGAGAGCAGACGCUGCAUUACCUCGGCGUUAACGGAGAGACGGCGCUGGUCCAGCUGUCGAAGAACGGCCCAAUCUACGACGUGGCGUGGAGUCCAAGCUCCACCGAGUUCUGCGUGGUGUAUGGCUUCAUGCCGGCCAAAGCCACCGUCUUCAACCUCAAAUGUGACCCCGUCUACGACUUUGGGACCGGACCGCGAAAUGCAGCGUACUACAGCCCUCAGGGCCACAUCCUGAUCCUGGCCGGCUUCGGUAACCUGCGAGGUCAGAUGGAGGUCUGGGAUGUGAAGAACUACAAACAGGUGUCCAAAUCUCAGGCGCCAGACGCCACUCAUUUCUCCUGGUGUCCCGAUGGUGAGCAUAUCGUCACGGCGACCUGCUCUCCUCGGCUGCGGGUCAGUAACGGUUAUAAGAUCUGGCACUACACCGGCUCCGUGCUUCAGAAAUGGGACGUGGCGGCCGGCUCGGAGCUGUGGGAGGUGCGCUGGCAGUCGCUCCCCGACGGCAGCUUCCCCAAGCGACCAAUCAAGUACCAGGCAGCGCCCAGCCAGCUGGGGUCCACACAGGCCCCGCCCACACAGGCGUACCGGCCACCCGCACUGAGACACCUGCCCGCCACGCCCAGCUCCAAACUGCACGAGGACGAGCCUCCUCAGGACCUUCGUCCCGGAGCUUCGGGAGAGAAGAGUCUCUCUAAAUCUGCUCUGAAGAACCAGAGGAAACGAGAAGCAAAGAAGGCAGCGAAGCAGGAGGCGAAACCAGAACCAGAACCUCCCACUGACCCCGCCGCUGUCAGUAACAGCCAAUCAGAGGCAAGCAUCGGUGACCCAGAGGUGGAAAAGAAGAUCAAGAACUUAAAGAAGAAACUGAAGGCCAUCGAGGAGCUGAAGGAGCAGCAGGCAUCGGGGAAGGUCCUGCAGAAGAACCAGGUGGAGAAGAUCCAGAAGGAGGAGCAGCUGCUGAAGGAGCUGCAGGAGCUGCAGAUCGGACAGUAAGAGGUCCCUGGGAGCUACAGACCACGCCUCCCAUCCUGCAGAGCACAGAGGGACGGUGGCGUCUGUGAUUGAGUUUUUAGUUGAGGGGCGGGGCUUAUCUGACAGGUGUGGCAUGCCUCCAGAGGGUUAGACUGAGUGGAUGUUUGUUCCUUGUGUUCACGCCCUGCCCGUGGCUGCGAGCGGCGAGCGCUCCUCUGUCUCAGCUGGAGGUUGUCCAGUAAUAAACUGUGUAACAGAGCAUGAGACCAGUUCUUCUUCUUGUCGCAGUGAAACCUUUGUUUUUAUUUGUCACCAGAGUUUUUUUGUUUUUGGCCGUGGGAGUGCUGAUAGACAACAAAGUAAGUCGGACUCGAACCCAGGCCUGCUGUUCUGCGACUACGGUCACCUGCUCUCCCACUGAGCCAACCCGGUGCCCCAGAGUCGGGUCCUUUUAAUUGGAUUCAUUUACACAAACUCGGCUACACCUGCCGAGCUUCGUCGCUGCCCUAAUAUAAUACACUUUUUCUCUCUGCCUCACAGUUCCAUUUUUUAUGGGUAAUAAAAAGAAAAUAAAGCCGUUAUUUCUAAUAAAUUCAACAAAAAAAUCUGGUCAUUUGUGUAACCCCCGUUCUCUGCAAAGUGAGUCCAUUAUGUAUGGGAAGUGCCCUCUGGUGUGAACAAUCACGGAAGCUCCACCACCUCCGUUUCCUGUGAUUGGUCUGUGCGAGGCCGUCCAAUCACUGCAAAGGACACGGUGAUCCCCAGCCCUCUGCCCAUGCAGGUAGGGCAGUUGGGUGAGAUAUCUCACUCGGUGUUCAGAGAACCGGUGUUAUGCAAGUGACCAACCUUCUCUUUCAAGCAGCACUCAGUGUCUCGCUGUGGGAAACGGCGCCACUCCUGGAUCACGUGCAUCAAAGCCUGUAACUCCGCCACCCAGGCAGGUCAGCGCUUCCAAAGGUCUGCGUGUCUCUAGGAGCCCACACUAAGGACUGAGUGUGUGAGUGAGGGUCACAUGGAUCAUCAUCAUUGUAGCUCCGCGACAGGCACGGCUUCUUCAAGACGCCGCUUUGCUGCAUUUAUUGAACGCCGUGAAAACUACAAACACAAACGCUGUAGGCCCUUCAGUCAGUUCAAAGUAACGUGUUUCACACAAUCCUGUCUGUGUUUCUUCAGCAAAAUAAACAUGAAGUCAACA